AUGAAAACAAUUUUAGCUUUUGAAAUAGUCUUAUUUUUACUCACUGCAGUUUUAUUGUACUAAAUAUCCUUUUCUUACAUUGAAAUAAGCGAAAAAUCGCCCAAAAACUAGAGAGAUGAAUCAUUUAUCUUCCCAAAAAAUUUUACUCAUUUGAAAACACCUCUUUAUUCAAGAGUCAUUUUUAUCAUUUUAGAUGGAAUUACCUACGAUUAUGUUGAUAGCAGAAUCAAAGAAAUUCCAGAUGUAAAAGAAGAUUGUGAUAUUCAUAUUCAUCAGAUGAAAAUCUUCAAUGAUAUUCUUAAUGAGAAUCCAGAAUCUGCUGUAUUCUAAAGACUAGAAAUUGAACCUCCACCUAAGACAGAAAUAAAAAUAUAAACAUAUUUAAAAGGUACAAACCCUGUUGUUUUUUCUAUGAAGAUACCGGAAUAAAACCCUCAUCAAAUCAAAAUGCAAGAUUCAUUGCUAUAUUAGAUAGGAUAAGCUGAUCAUCUUAAGGAAAGCUAUGGAUUCCUUACAUUUUACCUUUAUGAUUAUUUAGGUUAUUAGCUCAAAAUUAAUCAAUUCGCCUUGAACCCUUAUUAUAAAAGUUAUGAGUAACUUAAAUAAAGUGAAAAUUUAAGGGUCUAAGAAUACAUAAAUAUUAUUAAAUCAAAGAAUUAUGACACUUUAUUUAUCUAUGAAGGUUUAUUCGAUGAAAUUACCCAUAAUGAAGAUAUGCACACUCAAAACGGACUAGAUGCAUAGAGACGAAUUGAUAUGAUUUUAAGAGAAGUUGCUUAAAAUAUGGACGAUGAUGCUCUUAUGGUUGUUGUCAGUGAUCAUGGAAAGUAAGAAAGUGGUUCUCAUUCUGACUGUAGGAAUGAAAAUAUAAAGGUUUGCAAUGCUCUAUUUUUUGCAUACACUAAGAAAGGGUUUAUCAAAAAUGACAAAUUCAUAGAAAGCUUAAGAAGAAUUGAAACAGAUAGCAGAAUUUCUAGUUAGGGAGAACUAUUUUCAGCACACGAGAGUAUGAUAUCAAGCACAAUAUCUAAUAUUUUAAAUAUACCCAUAUCUUUUGUUAAUUCUGGAAGAUCUCUUUUUGAGAUUUACCCUAAAAGCAAAUUUGAAAACAGAAUUGAGAUGCUUCAAAGAAUUCUCCAAGAUUCUUUCACCACAUUGUAAUAGCAAGUAGAGCUCUACAGAUAUAUUCAAGACAUUAGAUAAACUUACGAUGAUAGCUAUUUUUAAUAAAUAAUAGAUAAAGUAUUCGAUAUUGAAAUACUACUUUAUUACGAGACUAAAGAUGUGAUAAUCUAUUCUGAGGAAAGAUUAGAAGAAACUAUAACAAGAAUUGUGAACAUCCAAAAUUUGAUUUAAAAGUCUCUAUAUGAAGAUACUUAGUUCUAUUCUUACAAAUUAUUAGUAUUUGGUGUUAUUUUUGGUGCUUGCGUUUGUUUGGCGAUUGUUUUUUAAUCAUUCCAAGAACUAAUUUGGAAGAAUUCCUAAUACAAAGAUUUUUUAUUUAUACUAAUAAUGACCGCACAUAGUUGUUAUAGUUACUUCAUGAAUGAGAAAAAUGAUUUAGAAGUAUAUGGAUGCUAAUUAUCUCUGAUUCUUUUGAUAUAUCAAUCCUUUAAAGUAUACAAAAAUAUUGAAAAAAUGCUUUACUUAAUAACUUUUGUAGUUUUAAAUUUAUUAAUUUACUGCAGAAAUUAGUUUUUGAGCUUUAAAUCAAGUAUCUUUAAAAUUCGACAAAAAGAAUGA